AUGAGGGGUCAGCUGACGGCCCUCUCACGGAUGUGCCAGCAGUUUAUACAGCAACAGACUGCAGCUGCUGCUCCCCCGGCUCCACCUCCGACACAGCCGGCUCCAGUUACUACGGACACUCCGGUGAUACCUCUACCGGCUACAGCUCCGACAGGCACGACGACGACGACGACUACCACGACGGAUUCCGCUAAGGGUGCUAAUACCUCUACAGCGGACGGCGAUCUCAUGCGGGCGAAGUUGGCCCAGUUCAGGAAGUUCGAUCCGCCUAAGUUCGCUGGGAAGAAUGACGAUGCAUGGGUGAUCGAGCACUGGGCCACCCACAUGUUGAAACUAUUUCGCGAUCUCCAUAUUGAGGAGCAGGAUCGCGUUCCUUUGGCCGCUCAUUGCCUUGAGAGGGAUGCGUAUGCAUGUACGAAGCAGAACUUGGAGUGCGAGCUGGAGAGCCUUAAGCAGGGUAACCGUAUUGUGGCGGAGUACGAGCGAGAUUUCAGCCGCAUCGUCGGGCUGAUCCCCUUCGCGAUGCGGGACGAGUACCACAAGGCCAGGCUUUUUAUCAGGGGGCUGAGGCCUAACAUUCGGCUCUUGGUCGCGUCCAAUGGCGCGAUACCCUUCGACGAGUGUCUCGACCGGGCUCUUAUAGUGCAGAGCGAGUCGGAGGAGGUUCGAGCUGAUCGCGAUGCAUCCGAGCAAUCGGGGAACAGGAAGCGUUCCCAUGCCAAGUCUGGCGGUGGCCCUUCUUACAGCAAGAGGCCACCGAAACAUCCGUGCACUCAGCAGUCGGUGAGGAGUGCACCUUCUGGUGGACAACAACAGGGUAACCGAUGCGUGAUCUGCGGGCAGGCACAUGCAGUGAACACUUGCCCGCAGAGGAGGGACCAUUGCUACCGUUGUGGCCAGCCGGGCAACCUUCAAGCUCAGUGCCCUAGGGGUGACGGGGCCAAUCAGAGUGCUGUCUCUUCCCCAGCUGCAUCCCGACAGAAUCGUGGAGCCCCCAGUACAGCUGCUUCGUCUGGGCGUCCCUCUACAUCACGCCAAAAUGAGGGGGCGCGCUAG